UCUGACAUUGUAAACAAACGCCUGCUGGCAUCAAGGAAGGAGCGAGAGGACAAAUGAUCAGCUCGGGAGGAGACUAGUUAGCUAGCUAGCUAAAUUAGCUUGACGGGGUUUCCACUAGAUAGCACAGCCACAAAGUCAAAAUUGUCUAUAUCGUAAAGAUUUAUGAAAACAUAAUUGGUGUUAAUGUAAGGUUAGGCGUACGGUUAGCCCUGUGGUUAAAGUUAGGUUUAAAAUCUAAUUUUAAGAAGAGACAUUUUAGAAAUAGGCGGGGUUUACGACUUUGUGACUGUAGUAACGACCGUUUGACGGGGAUUCCGAUCAAAAAAUGUCUUGGAGCCAGGUAUUCCACACCAGCUGCUUUGUGCUUCUGGUACAUCUGCUCUGUCUGGAGGCAGUGCCCAUUAGUCUGGACAAGACCAAGGUGAACCAGCCGGAGGACAAAGCCUCAGAGCCACCACCAAGUGUGGACACUGGACUCCACUAUGACCGUUAUCUCAGGGAAGUCAUUGAUUUUCUGGAAAAAGACCAGCAUUUCAGAGAGAAGCUCCAUAACACAGAUAUGGAGGAUAUCAAGAUGGGGAAGCUGGCCAAAGAGCUGGACUUUGUCAGCCACCAUGUAAGGACACAACUGGACGAGCUAAAAAGGCAGGAGGUUAGCCGGCUACGGACACUGAUCAAAGCCAAGCAAGACAUCGAAGGAGGGAACGAUAUGGCAGUAGACCACCAAGCUCUGCUGAAACAGUUUGAGUACCUGAACCACAUGAAUCCUCACACCUUUGAAGUGGAGGAUCUGGACAGACUCAUCAAAUCAGCCACAAACGAUCUGGAGAACUAUGACAAGGAGCGCCAUGAGGAGUUCAAGAAGUACGAGAUGACGAAAGACCAUGAGCGAAGGGAACACCUCAAGACUCUAGACGAUGAAGGGAGGAAGAAGGAGGAAGAACAUUACGAGGAGAUGAAGAAGAAACAUGCAGACCAUCCCAAAGUCAACCAUCCAGGCAGCCAGAAUCAGUUCAAAGAGGUGUGGGAGGAGGCAGAUGGUCUUGACCCUGAAGAUUUUGACCCCAAGACCUUUUUCAAGCUGCAUGAUUCCAAUGGAGAUGGCUUCUUCGAUGAGCAGGAAUUGGAGGCAUUGUUUACGAAGGAGCUGGAGAAGAUCUAUGAUCCUACCAAUGAAGAGGACGAUAUGGUGGAGAUGGAGGAGGAGCGYCUGCGUAUGAGAGAGCACGUCAUGAACGAGGUGGACACCAACAAAGACAGACUGGUCUCCUUAGAAGAGUUCCUGAUUGCCACAAAGAAAAAGGAAUUCCUGGAACCAGAUAGUUGGGAGACCCUAGAGCAGAACCAGGCCUACACGGACGAGGAGAUGAGGGAGUUUGAGGAGCACCUGACCCAGCAGGAAGAGGACCUCAACCAGAAAGCAUCAGACCUCCAGAAACAGAGGGAUGAGUUGGAGAGGCAACAGGAACAGCUCAACUCACAGAAAGUAGAGCUUCAGCAGGCAGUAGAACACAUGGAACGGUUGAAAACCCAGAAAGUUGAGCCCCCUCCAGAGGUUCAUGUAGAAGGGAAUGCUAUCCCAGAGCCACAAGGAGAGUACCAUCCUUUGCCCCUGGGCCAUCAAGAUAUGUCCCAAAACCACCCGGGUAUGAAGCAAGACAACCACCUCCAGAACCAAAUACCCCACAACACCCAGGAUUUGUCCCAACCACGACUCCAAGAUCUGCCCCCAGGCCAUCAGGCAGUGCCAUAGGGCCAACAUUACUUACCAUAAGGCCCCCAUCAGAACCAGCCCACUCAACCCCAGCUGCCAGAUAAAACUCUAUAGACAACACCUCUGGCUCCAUGGCCCCCCACCCACAGACCUUUACAGUACUUAUAUACCUCCAGUCCAGUGUGCAGAGGUCCCUCCAUAUGGGCAUGUGUACCCCGUUAUCCUGAAAGAGUUAACUGAAAACCAGCUGAAGAACACAGGAGGAGUUUACAGUAUCUCUGCCCACUUGUGGAUUUCAAUUUGAGCCUCCACGGCCUAGAAAUGUUUUGUACGUUUGCAGUCAGGGAAUUUGUGUUAUAGAGUGCAUAUGCGGUAUGUGAUGUAUGGAUUGGUCAUAAUUGACCAUUACUUAAAAUGCAGAGCUUUGGUGGAAUGGUUUUGGUAGUGUCAAUGUCUAUAUAUUUUGGAACAUUGUUUUUAAUUGGUGCUGUGUAAUGUCAUGACAAUUAGGCCUAAUAAUUGUCAGGUUAAUCCAGCUGAAUAAUGAUAAUGUUGUGAAAUGUACGGAUUCCUGAAAAAGCUCCAUUUCAAAAGGCACUGAAAAUGGCAUUGGGAGCAUUAUGAACAGUAAAGACAACUGUCUCAUGAAACAGAAUAUAAUAUAAAAUAUGUUCUUUUUUG